CUCAUCUCCGGGUGCAGGACAGCGUGGAGCUAAGAGACUGGGGAACCGCGCUACAGAGGUCUAGGCUGUGACAAGCUCCUGGCGAUGACCUCAGCGAAUCAGAGCAGGACCUUUUCCUCUGCCUCCCUCGGGACCCCUUCUCUGCAGGGACCGCCCAACUCAACGAUGCCGACUCACGGGACUCCAGAGUCUCCCCACUUACAGGCAACACAGACACAGGAUGGGUCGGGAGUUGCAGAAGGAGCUCAUUCAUUCCGAGGUAACGAGAGCGCCCUCUACAGUCCCAAGAGCUGCCAUGCAGAGAAGUUCCGGCGGCACAGCAAUGAUGGGCUCCCGGGACAGACGUUCGUCACCGCGGAUCAGAGUCAUUUUCACCCGUACUGCUGGCGGUUCAGCACGGAGGAGUACCCUGGAGAAGGGGGGUCUCCUCAGCGGGACCCCUGCUCCCCCCUGCAGUGCCUGUGCUCCUUCAACUGCUUCGGGGGUCUGGAGCACCACGGAAAGCCAGACGCAGUGUCACAGAGCCCCCUGGAGCAUGCAACGUCAACUACAUGGGCCAACGUGACCCCGUACAGCGUGGGACAAUGCCUGCAGAGCAGCAGAAUUGCAGAAUCCAAAUACCAGACAGAAAUACUAGCCGUGCCACAAGAGACAGGCUUGAAAUCUCAGCGUUACCAGUCCCAGGUUCAACACUCCUACAGCACCGUCCCUCGACUUCAACAGUUCUCCACAGACAGUAUCUAUCCUCUGGGUCUCUCUGGCAGCCCUCACUACCCCUACCAGCGGAUAGCUCCCCAGGCACCCAGGGACACCCAGCAAUCACUCUACCCUAAACCCAUCUACUCCUACAGCAUUCUGAUCUUCAUGGCUCUGAGGAACAGCAAGACGGGGAGCCUGCCUGUCAGCGAGAUAUACAACUUCAUGACCGAACAUUUCCCUUAUUUCAAGACAGCGCCUGAUGGUUGGAAGAACUCGGUCCGUCAUAACCUGUCUCUGAACAAGUGCUUCGAGAAGGUGGAGAACAAGAGUGGCAGCUCCUCGCGCAAGGGCUGUCUGUGGGCCCUGAACCCCGCCAAGGUGGAGAAGAUGCAGGAGGAGCUGCACAAGUGGAGACGCAAAGACCCAGUCACUGUGCGCAAGAGCAUGGCCAGGCCAGAGGAACUAGACCGCCUGCUCGGGGACAAACCUGUAAAGUACAAGGUCUCCUCCAUGCUGUCUCCCCUCCCAGCCUCUCACCCCAGCACCCUGCUUAUUCAGGGACACCCCAGCUACGCAAUGGCCCCCUCUUUCACCUCGGCACAGUGCGCCAUGUCCAGCCAGGUGCAUAGGCACCCGUUACAGGUCCCAACGGGGGCCCUCAGCCACCAGCCUCUGUUCCUUCCUCCCGCACCCCAAGGCUUCCCCCACUUCUCUCCCAGCAAACGCCAGCAGCCCCCCUCGGGGAUCCCUCCCAACGAGCCCCCCCAGGCAGGCACCCUGAGCUCCCACCCUCCCAUCCACAGAGCUGGCCUGCAGGCAGAGCACUGCACAUCCCGGAGCAUGCAGGAUCUACUGAUGGAGGGGGACCUCAGCAAUGACAUCGACACUCUGAACCCCAGCCUCACCGACUUUGAGCUGCAGGGACACCUGUGGGAAGAUUUAGAAGAUGACAGUCUGGCUCUGGAUCCCCUGAUCCUCAUAGCAACCUCUCCCUCUUCUGGCCCUUCUCACUGGGGUGGCUGCCUGAUGGAGGGCGGGUCAGGUGAACAGAUGCCAAGGUUCGAGGACCACAGCAGCCUGAGCGACCUGCACAUCAUAGGCACCUACUCGACCACCUUCACAGACUUAGACAGCUACCUGCCCACCCCAGGCAAUGCACCUAUUCCCCUCAUGUGAAAGAGGCGAUGAAGUUAACCUGUCCUACUGCUGUACUUCUCUGUGUUCCUCAGGGAGGAGACAAAAGGCACCCUUUGCCUAUAAUUAUCACAUUAUAAUAUUUAUUUAGGUAUCUACCUGGAGCACAGUUUCUGUGUUCUCUGGUAUGCACAGCACACAGAUCGCUGUUUUACCUGAUGCAAGAUGCGCACUCAGUUUACUGGACUGACAAGCCUGCAGUAAUUCUGUUACAGAUAAUAUGCAAAGAUGUUGUGUCCACUGAGGUAAUGUCUUUUGGAUGAGACGUUAAACCAAGACGUUAACGUUGGCUAUAAGGAAUCUAUAAUGCCAUGGAAACUGAUCCGUCCUCAGACUACCACAACAGAGUUUUGUCAUUGCCUUUCGAAGAACAGUGAACGCACGCGAUUGAUCCACUGGUAUAUUUAAAUAAAAAUGAUUUAAAGUAUUUUUUAAAUGAAAUUUCAGCCCACUUAAAA